UAUAUAUAUGUGUGUGUGCGUGUGUGUAACAGUAUCAGUUCUGCUAACGUCCUCGAGUCUCGAGUCGUUUCAUUCACCCAAACGUUCUGAAAAUUGAAGUAGACCUCGCGUCUUCACCUAUGGCUCGCGAAUCAUGCCCUUCCGUAAAGUGCAUUCUUCUUCUUGAUUCUGAAGGAAACCGUGUCGCAGUCAAGUAUUACUCAAAUGAUUGGCCAACAAAUAGUUCAAAGUUAGCUUUUGAAAAAACUGUAUUUACCAAGACUUUGAAGUCUAAUGCUCGGGUAGAAGCGGAUAUAUCUCUGUUCGAGAACAACAUUCUAAUUUACAAGUUCGCCCAGGACCUGCACUUCUUUGUGGCUGGAGGUGAUGAUGAAAAUGAACUCAUCUUAGCUACAGUUCUUCAGGGGUUUUUUGAUGCAGUUGCCCUUCUCUUGAGGAACAAUGUUGACAAAAGGGAGGCACUUGAGAACCUGGAUCUCAUUCUUUUAUGCCUAGACGAUAUUGUUGAUGGAGGGAUUAUACUCGAAACAGAGGCCAGUGUUAUUGCGGGAAAAGUGGCGACGCAUACCAUGGAUACUGACGCACCAUUGUCCGAGCAAACUAUAACUCAAGCAUGGGCUACAGCACGUGAACAUCUGACAAGAACCCUUCUCAAUUGAUUCAUGCCUGCACAGGGAGAAAAAGGAGUUGGGUUCUUUUGGUUGUUUAAAUUGUCUCGUCUGCAGCCUAGAAAUCUCCUUCUUUUCCUUUGUUUAGCCGAAUUUUUGGGGCUUCUUAUUUGGUACCUCACAAAUCUUUUCUUUUUAUUUUUCUUUUGUUCUUUCUAUUCAGCUGUUUCUAUUGAUUUUGAUUUUGCCUUGCUGCGCGGGGCGUGGCAUGAUCAAAAUAAACAAUUGAGUUUGUUGAUGAACAAUUCCGACAGCGACAAGCACCUUGAAAAGACAGACAAUGCCUCCAAUAAUAUAAUAAAACUUAUGAAAGUGGCAAAGUCUGAUAUUGAUAUGCUUUAAGUUAUGUAACGAAAUGAUAGUUG